UUUCAUUCAACAUAAUGUCCUCAUUUUUAAUUUUCCCAGAAAAACUCCAUUAAUGCUUAAUACGGAGUAUACUCUAUUAAUCUAAGUGUCGCCAUUUUGUUAACACUAUCCUUCUAAGGUAAGCUUUGGUAUCAAAAUAUAAGUACAUACCCACACCCUCUUUUUUAUCAUGGCGGCGAAUAUGGUUCCGGCGAGAUUCAAGAGGGUGGCAGACGCCUUCGACGAGGCGGCGCUUACCCUCAGGACGCGGCCGCCUUGCGGCAGCAGCGGCAGCGAGCACUCCGCCGACCCCGAGAGCCUGACGGACUUGUCCCGCCUCGUCAACUCUUUCAUCGAGAGCGAUGACGGGACGUGGGAGGGGCCCGCCGAGUGGGCCGUGGAAGACGUCGAUGAUGAUGACGGCCGGGUCGGCGACAACCGGCAACAGGAGGAGGAGAAUUGCUGCGACGACGUUGCUGAAGCUAGGGAUUCUUUGCAGCGCCUGCUGAGCUCCGGCGAGGAUGAUGUCACCAAGAGAAGUCUGCUUGAGGCGGUGGAAAGAGCUCGCCGGGAAUUGGGGGAUGGUUCGUAUAAUUCGCCGGAUUUUAAACGCCGGUUGAUGGGUCGGUUGCGAAAUCAGGGCUUCGAUGCCGGGUUGUGCAAAACGAGGUGGGAGAAAAGGGAGAGUUGCCCGCGCGGGGAAUACGAGUACAUAGACGUGAACGCCGCCAACGGGGAGCGGUACAUAGUGGAGUUCAACCUGAGGGGGGAGCUGGCGGAGACGGCGCGGCCGACGGCGGGGUACAGGUCGCUGGCGGCGAUGUUCGGCGAGGCGGGGGCGGCGUACGUGGGGAGGGCGGAGGAGUUGAAGAAGAUAGUGAGGGUAAUGAGCCACGAGAUGAAGAGGUCGAUGAAGAGCGCGGGCAUGCACGUUCCCCCGUGGAGGCGGAGCGCUUACGUGCAGGCCAAGUGGUUUAGUUCCUACAAGCGGACGACGAAUGACGUUCGCACUGCUCGUGAUGACGUCCCUUUUUCUUCUGCUUCGUGUUCGUCGAGGUGGGCGCAAAAGCAGAGGAGAUGGGUUGGGUUUGACCUUGCUAGGCCAGCAGCCGAAAUUGCAUUCAAUGAGAGAAUGGUUUGAGAGAAAUGGAUAGAUGGAUGAAUGAAGCUAGAGAGGGAGG